UGGCCGAGGUUCUUAGCCUGAAUUAUUCCGACCAACCGUUGUUUGCCACAGUCAAAGGUUGCCUGUUGGCCUUGGCCAAAUCCUGACUCCCGUGCUGGCUCCGGCGAAAUGACAUUGUUGGGAUUUCAAAGACGCAGCUACAAGCUCUUAGCUCUCUGAACUCCUAGGACACUACCUUGGCAUAACACUGCAGACAAUGGCCGAACAGACGCCCGCACAAGCGACCCUACUCGGAUUGCCCAGAGAGCUCCGCCUUCAGAUCCUAGAGGAAGCCAUCGCCAUCCGCCGCGCGGCCCCGGCGUCGCCCCCGGCCAGCCAAACCAGGCUCAAAUUCCGCAAUUUGUACGAUCAAUUCUGCUCAAAUAGUACCGACCUGUACCUUGAGGAUGCCGACCAUGCAAAGAGCGCCCAGCCAUCCCUCCUCGCAACAAGCCGCCAAGUACGUGAAGAGACGCAAUACCUCAUCGGGCGCGCUGCUGGCGAACCAUACCAGCUUGACGUCAUGUACGUGAACGGAAUCGGCUUGAUGCCGAGCUGGGUAUCUCUCCCGUGCCUCAGCAAGAGGGUUCGGAAGCUUGAUAUCCGCAUCCGCUUUUUCGACACCCCUGAUACUCACUCGUACAACGACGACGACGACGACUCUCCUCCUCGGCCUACGUGGAAUAUAAAGGUCUUCUUGACUGUCUAUCUCCUGCGGGCAUGUUGGAAACCGGGGGCAUUCGAUGUUGAUCCUCGAAGUCCUUCCGAAGGAAAAGCCGUAGAACCUUUGGCAGCGGAAGGAUACUCCGACGAAUGGUGCGCAAUUGAUCACAUCGCCAUCACAAUCGAAUCAACGGACAUACCCAUGAAACCCCAUCCUCAGCCCCGUUUUCCUUCUAACAACUACGACAUCAUCCUUGGAUUUGACAAACCCUUCGGCUACAGCAUUUUUCAUAGGAGCGACGUGUGGCCGAGGCGUAGGCGUUUUGCACCCCCGCCGGGCAAGCCGAACCCCCGCUAUGGCCCGGAAUACCAUUUUGCUUGGGAGGUCCUCAGCACCAUUCGGGCCAUGGACUUUUCUAUUACCCUAUCCGGUCCCUAUAAUGGGCUCUUCUUGACCAAUGUCGGCCGGGUUGAGAUGCUCGUUGACGACAAUGUCUGCGACGGGUUAGAUGUCACGAGGCGCUUCUGGGAGCUGUAUAAAUUUUCCGAAAAUACCAAUGGCCCUGGGUGGGAUGUUAAUCAAGCCGCGGACAAGAGGAAGAGGCUGGGGAUGUGGACUGAGGUGGGGGCACAUGUGAGCUCAAUGUUACCUACUUGCUAUGCGUGAGUCGAGUCACACCCUGGCAGUGUCGAUAGUUGCAUAGUUGCACAACUGGGAGCUUCAUGUACUGGUAUUUUGAAGUUGCCUAAAUAGUACAUUGAUUUUGAGAGUUCCUGGGCAUGAUGGAUGACAAGGUCUAGGACAGUCUCUCAAUACCCAGGUGCCUUGUCAUCCCAUAGCUAUCUAACACAAACGAUAUCUACAUAUAAAAUGGUGGAAAGCACUCGGAACUAUAUCAUCUUCAUACUCGUCAACACAGAGUACUACUCAACACAUAAUGGGAAAGCUUAACAUGGGAAGUGCAAAAACUCUGCCAUCACAUCCC